AUGACACAAAGACAACCGAGAGCACCUGCUGGAGCAGUGACCGCUGAUGGGUCACACAGUUUGAGGGUUCGUGUGUUUUUAGCGCUUGACCCUCCAGAGCACUCAGGGGUUAAGCGGGACGAGGAUUCACAGAACUUUGUCGAUAAGCUUCAGCGUAUUUUCAGGGUCAUGCAUGCUACCGAGACCGAGGCAGUAGAGUUAGCGGCUUUCAGGCUUCGUGAUAUAGCGGUCUUAUGGUAUGAGAGGUGGGAGCAUGCCAGAGGUCCUGAGGCACCUCCAGCGCGUUGGUCUGAGUUUUCAGAGGCCUUUCUUGAUCAUUAUUUACCAUUGGAGAUACGAGAGGCGAGGGUAGAUCAGUUCUUGACUGUCCAGCAAGGUAGUUCUAGCGUUCGUGAUUAUUGCCUCCGAUUUGAUUCCUUGGCCAGAUAUGCUCCAUCCUUCUUUGAUUCAUCGAGGGCCAGGAUCUACAGGUUCAUAGCGGGUUUGCACCCCGACUAUGUCGAGGCUUGUACCACUGCGGCGGUGAGUGAUAAUAUGGACCUUGCUCGUAUCCAGGCAUUCGCACAGAACUGCGAGGAUCGUAGACAUCAGCGGCGGGCGGCUGAGAGCAUGGAAAGGGAGUAUCAUAAGAGGGCUAGGACUACUGGUCAGCAGGGUGAGAGUAGGGGGAGUUUCAGACCCCAACACCAGGGUAAGCCAUUUAGGCCACCAUCAGCUCAGUCUCAGGGAUACAGAUCGGGGUAUUAUAUUCCAUCUGGACCAGGUGAGAGUUCCCGUAUGUCCGGGUCACAGCAGCAGAGGGGUCCGGGGCAGGCUAGAUCACUACCACAACAGUGUGGUAAUUGUGGCAGAGCGCACUAUGGGCGAUGUCAGUAUGGAUCGAGAGCUUGUUAUACAUGUGGCAGCCUAGAUCAUUUCAUGAGGGACUGCCCACAGGGGAGACCUACUGGUAUGGCGCAGCCGACAGGGUCUAUAGCAGGGUCAUCAGCAUCCGUGCGUCCUUCUGGGCGCGGGUCUCAGUCUUCAGCAGGUAGAGGCAGAGGUAGGGGCGGAGCUUCUGGUGCAGGCGGUGCUCAGAACCGCAUCUAUGCUUUGGCAGGUCGUCAAGACUUGGAGUCCUCACCAGAUGUUGUGACAGGUACAUUAACAGUCUGUUCAUAUAACGUUUAUGCGUUGAUAGAUCCGGGGUCCAAUUUGUCCUAUGUCACUCCAUUUAUUGCGGGAAAAUUUGGUAUAGUGCCAGAAUUGUUGAAUGAACCAUUUUCUAUGUCUACACCUGUUGGUGAGCCUGUUAUUGCUAGGAAGAUUUAUCGUGGUUGUUCUGUAGUUGUUUGUGGUCGUCAGACCAUAGCAGAUCUUAUAGAGUUACAGAUGGUCGACUUUGACGUCAUUAUGGGAAUGGAUUGGUUAGCUUCCAUUUAUGCUAGUGUGGGGUGUUGGACGAAGACUGUUACGUUCCACUUUCCGGGGGAAACAACUUUGGAAUGGAAGGGCAAUACGGCUUCGCCGAAAGAAGCAAAACCGCCAACCCUUCAGUCCAUUCCUGUAGUUAAUGAGUUCCCAGAUGUGUUCCCAGAUGAGCUUCCAGGUCUCCCGCCAGAGCGAGAAAUUGACUUCGCUAUAGAUGUACUACCGGAUACUCAGCCGAUAUCCAUCCCUCCUUAUAGGAUGGCCCCUGCUGAGUUGAAGGAGUUGAAGGAACAGUUGAAGGAUCUAUUGGAGAAGGGCUUUAUCAGACCUAGUACGUCACCGUGGGGAGCCCCAGUAUUGUUCGUAAGAAAGAAGGAUGGUUCGCUACGGAUGUGUAUCGACUAUAGGCAGUUGAAUAAGGUGACGAUUAAGAAUAAGUAUCCACCGAGGAUAGAUGAUUUAUUUGAUCAAUUGCAGGGUGCUAGAUAUUUCUCGAAGAUAGACUUGAGAUCGGGAUAUCACCAGGUCAGGAUCAGAGGGAAGGACAUUUCGAAGACAACAUUUAGGACUAGAUAUGGUCAUUUUGAGUUCCUUGUUAUGUCUUUCGGAUUGACUAAUGCUCCAGCUGUAUUCAUGGACCUGAUGAAUCGUGUAUUCAGACCCUUCCUGGACCUGUUUGUGAUUGUGUUUAUAGAUGAUAUUCUGGUUUAUUCUCGAUCAGAGACUGAGCAUGCAGACCAUUUGCGUGCGGUACUUAGAGUCCUUCAGGACCAGAAGUUGUACGCGAAAUUCUCCAAAUGUGAAUUUUGGCUAAACUCUGUGGCUUUUCUAGGGCAUAUUAUUUCAGAUGAGGGCAUCAAAGUGGAUACUCAGAAGAUAGAGGCUGUGAAGACUUGGCCUCGACCUACGACGCCGACGGAGGUUCGUAGUUUUCUGGGUUUAGCAGGGUAUUACAGAAGAUUUGUAGAGGGCUUCUCUUCUCUUUCUGCCCCGUUGACGAAGUUGACUCAGAAGGCAGCCAAGUUCCAAUGGACAGAUGCUUGCGAGCGGAGUUUUCAAGAAUUGAAGGAUAGGUUGACUUCAGCACCAGUUCUAGCACUUCCAGAGGGAUUCGAGGGCUAUGCUGUCUAUUGUGACGCUUCGAGGGUCGGAUUGGGUUGUGUAUUGAUGCAGCACGGCAAGGUGAUUGCUUACGCUUCUAGACAGCUCAGGAAGCACGAGAAGAACUAUCCGACUCACGACCUAGAGUUAGCAGCCAUGAUUCAUGCACUUAAAAUCUGGAGACAUUACUUAUAUGGCGUUCAUGUUGACAUCUAUACAGAUCAUAAGAGUCUUCAGUACAUCUUCAAGCAGAAGGAGCUAAACUUGCGGCAGAGGCGGUGGUUAGAAUUGCUGAAAGAUUAUGAUGUUGAUAUUUUGUACCACCCGGGGAAAGCAAAUGUGGUAGCAGAUGCCCUCAGCCGCAAAUCUAUGGGUAGUUUAGCAUACCUACGGGCUGGAAAAAGGGAGCUGGCUCAUGAGCUUCUUCAGCUAGCCAAUUUGGGGGUCAGAGUUAUAGAUUCAGGAGAUGCCGGAGUUACUAUUCAGACUACAGCAACAUCAUCCUUAGUAGCCGAGGUGAAAAGGCGCCAGUAUGAAGACCCUUCAUUGACCCAUUACAAGGAUACAACUCCGCAAAAGAAGAAAUCACCAUUCGGGGUUACUGGAGAGGGAGUCCUCAGGUAUCGCGGUAGGUUGUGUGUUCCCGAUGUUGCGGGGUUACGUCAGAAGAUUAUGGCGGAGGCUCAUUGCUCCCGCUAUUCUAUCCAUCCUGGGUCAACAAAGAUGUACCGCGACAUUAAAGAGAUGGAUGUCAAUAAUGCUUUUUUGCUAGGAGAUUUACAUGAAGAAGUCUAUAUGGACUUACCUCAAGGUUUUCAAAGACAGGGGGAGUAUAAGGUGUGCAAGUUGCUUAAGUCACUAUAUGGUUUGAAACAGGCUUCAAGAAAAUGGAACCUCAAGUUGAUUGAAGCAUUGAUUGAUAUAGGAUACACUCAAAGUCCUCAUGUUCACUCUCUAUUCACAAAGAAUCUGGAAAUGAUAGAGCUAUUAUACUCAUCUAUGUGGAUGAUCUGUUACUCACUGGCAGCAGCACAAGUAUGA